AAAAAAUCGUAUAAAUAGAGAAAGACUCGACAGAAAGGGCACAGUAUCAAUUGCAACGUCGCAGCAUCCUCAUCUAUUGGGAUAUUUCUUCACAUCGAAUUUAAUUUCAAAUACAAUAUGAAAUUCUUGGUGAUCGUUUUUGUGGCUCUAAUUGCCUUUGCCUCCGCUUUGCCCCAAUUUGGAUUCGGAGGAUUCGGCGGCGGAUUCGGUGGUGAACAGCAACAACAGCAGCAAGGAGGAUUUGGAGGAUUCGGAGGAGGUUUCCAGCAGCAACAACAGCAAGAAUCAUUUGGAGGAGGAUUUGGUGGAUUUGGAGGAGGUUUCGACCAGCAACAGCAGCAGCAGCAGGGAGGCUUCUUCUAAAGCAAUUUCAUAAUGUGAAUCUUCACGUUGAAGCAAAAAUAGUUUAAAUUAAAAAUAAAAUAGUAGAUAAAACAAA